AUGGAUAAUGGAAAUCAGACUUUGGUGAUUGAGUUUGUUUUCGUGGGCUUAACAAAUCACCUCCAGCACCAGCUUCUUCUUUUCGUGGUAUUUCUCUUGGUUUAUCUUACCACUCUUCUGGGAAAUGUGGGGAUAAUGACUCUCAUUUGGAUGGAUUCUCGACUCCUCACCCUGAUGUACUUAUUUCUCAGCCACUUGUCCUUUGUAGAUGUCUGCUCCUCUGCUGUCAUUGGUCCCAAAAUGUUGACUGACAUCCUUGUGGAGAAAAAAUUCAUCUCUUUCUUUCGUUGUGUUGCCCAGAUCUGGCUUUUUGGUCCAUUUGUAGUGACUGAGUGUUUCCUUCUGGCUUCCGUGGCAUAUGAGCGGUACAUGGCUAUCUGUAAGCCCUUGUUGUGCACACUCAUGUGUGUCUGUGUGCAGUUGGUGGUAGGGCCUUAUGCUGCCAUGGGUCUUAAAAGCACCAUGAUCCACAUAACUUUCACCUUUCACCUGCCUUGCUGUGGUCCGAAUAUCACCAAUCACUUCUUCUGUGACCUUCCUGUUCUCUCCCUGGCAUGUGCAGACACACAGGUCAGUAAAUGUUUACUUUUCAUCUUGACUGGAGCUCUAGGAGUACUCAACGGUGUGAUCACCUUGGUCUCCUAUGUUUACGUUGGCAUCGCCAUCCUGAGGAUCCGUUCUGCUGAUGGGAGGCGGAAAGCCUUUUCCACCUGUUCUUCACAUCUGACACCUGUCUCCAUCCUUUAGGGGACACUCUUCUUUGUCUAUGUACGUUGGAGUUCUAGUUUCUCCCUGAAUAUUAACAAAGUGGUUUCUGUGUUCUACACAGCUGUGAUUCCCGUGUUAAACCCACUUACCUACAGCCUAAGAAACAAAGAGAUCAAGGAUUCAUUCAGAAGGACAUUUGAAAGGAAGAAAUUUCUUUUGAGUAAGUGA